AUGUCGACACUUAUCGAUAUUGCAACGGAGGAAGAAUGGCAGAAGCAUACUGAAUCUCUACCAUCCACGACUUUGCAGAUCAUCAACUUUCAUGCACCAUGGGCAGCACCAUGCGCGCAAAUGACAACCGUUCUCCGCACUCUCGCCCUCUCCUACCCUUCAACCACACCCCCUACGACCUCAUGGGUAUCCAUGAAUGCCGAAGAAGUAAUCUCCGUCUCGGAUGCCUUCGACGUGACCGCUGUCCCGUACCUCGUCCUCACCCGCAACAACAUUGUCCUCGAAACCGUCUCAGGCAGCGACGCCACCAAAGUCCGCAACGCCAUUGAAAAACACGCCAAUUCACCUCAUCCCUUCACAAAUGGCUCAUCCGCCAAACCCGUACCCAGCAUCAACCAUACCGUUACCGAACCCUCAACAACUGCCCCUACUACCGCCACCGAUUCCGAAGAGCCAACAUCUAAAGAAGAUCUUCACGCUCGCUUAUCCAAUCUUGUGAAAGCGGCUCCUGUGAUGCUGUUUAUGAAAGGAAUACCUUCCGCACCUCAAUGUGGGUUCUCUCGUCAACUCGUCGCUUUACUGAGAGAAAAAUCGGUGAAAUAUGGAUUCUUCAAUAUUCUGGCCGAUGAUGAGGUGAGGCAGGGUCUUAAGGAGUUCGCGGAUUGGCCUACAUUUCCACAAUUAUGGAUGGAUGGGGAACUUGUAGGAGGUCUGGAUAUUGUUAAAGAAGAAGCAGCAAAUGAUCCGGAUUUUUUCACGGCAUAUAGCGUCGCCAAACCGGCGGUAGCGGCGUAG